CUGCCAGCAGUGAAGUGAAUGCCACAGAGGAGAUGUCAACCUUGGUCAAUUACAUCGAACCAGUCAAGUUCAAGUCCUUCGAGGUGGCCAGCAAACGCAACAAAUCUUUCGAAAUGUCUUCCUUCGUGGAGACCAAAGGGUUGGAGCAGCUGACCAACAGCCCCAUGGAGUUUGUCGAAUACAACAAGAAGCAGCUGAGCCGAAUCUACCCCAAAGGGACACGUGUGGAUUCCUCCAACUACAUGCCACAACUCUUCUGGAACGCCGGCUGUCAGAUGGUGGCCCUCAAUUUUCAGUCCCUGGACUUGCCAAUGCAGCUGAACCUGGGCAUCUUUGAGUACAAUCGUCGGAGCGGCUACUUGCUGAAGCCCGAGUUUAUGCGACGGUCGGACAAGUUUUUCGAUCCUUUCACCGAAGAUAUUGUCGAUGGCAUUGUGGCGAACACCGUCAAAGUGAAGGUUAGAAGGCAUGGCGGGGUGGGAGGCGCAUGAAAUUGGG